AUGACUUCAGACAGAACCCGGCGUCGAGGGCGGACGUUCCAACAACCUGCCCCACACCCCGCGCUUCUGCCCUGUUCCCUGUUCCCUGUGCCUGGCGUGCACAGAGGCGAAAGCGGCCGCACAAAGGCGGCGGGCGAGGAGCUGCGGCACCGCAUCUGCCAGGUGCCACGAAUGCCGGCCCCAUCCAUCAUCCCGCAGCCCUGGGGGCGGGAAGCGGCUCGGCUACCGAACCCUGUAGACGGGUCGGCUUUGUUGGCCGGCUUCAGGCGGGGUGACCUGCUGGAGGUGCCGCGCACCCUCUUCGUCCACUUCGGCAUCUACCUGGGCGAGAACCGCGUCGCCCACCUGAUGCCCGACAUCCUGCCCGCCUUCACCGACGACCGCCGGCAGAUCCAGCGGGUGGUGACCAACAAGCGGCUCAUCCUGGGCGUCAUCACCAAGACGGCCAGCAUCCGCGUGGACACGGUGGAGGACUUCGCGUACGGCGGCAGCAUCCUGGUCAACCACAUGGACCGGCUGUUCAAGGACCAGGUGCUGGGCAGCGAGGAGGCCGCCCGCCGUGCGGAGAAGCUGGUGGGGGCCACGGCCUACAGCCUCCUCUGGAACAACUGCGAGCACUUCGUCACCUACUGCCGCUACGGAGCUCCGGUCAGCUUCCAGACCGACAAGUUCUGUGAGACUGUCAAGAUGAUAAUUCGUGACCAGAGGAGCGUUCUCGCUUCGGUGCUCGUGGGGUUAGCAUCCAUCAUCUGCCUGGGUCUGGCACCCUCCACCGCCCUCCCCACGAUCUUCAUUACCUUCGUUCUGUGGAUGGCUGGCUAACAGCCCGCCUGCGGCUGUCUGUAUAUAGGAUGUACACUGUAUUUAUGAGAGCACAAAUUACUUGCUGGCGUUGUGUAAAGUUACUUAAGCUUGUGUGCUACCUUUAAAUGCGACUCUGUUUAGAACACGGUGCACAAGGUAUAGCUUACUGUGUAAGCCAAGUAAUAGAUUUCCUGAAAAUCUCAGUACGUUCUCACACACCUUUAAAAUAAUGAAAAAGUAGGGGUGCGAUGCAGUUCCGCUGCGUGCCUUUAGCUUUAAGUGAUUCUGCUCAUGCCCUUCAUGUUCUUUUAUCUCCUAGCUGCGUGCCUGGGUGCUACAGCUAUUAAUAAAAGUAGAUGAUGGAGUACCACACAGUGAUGGGUAUUCAGAAUUACUUACCUGUUACUUUGGUAGAUCUUGUUAAUGUUCAGGAGUUACUGGCUCCGUUCCUGAAAUGUCCUUUCGUGAAGAUACAGUUAGGUAAGCUGACUAUUUUUGAUAGCCAAGGAAAAAAAAAAGGGGGGGGGUCUUGCCUGGGUGCUGUACUGCAGUAGCAUAUCUGGCCAGAUUGGCAUGGAGUUCCCUCCUGGGAGAUGGUCACAGGUCUCUCAUUCAUAUCAAUUGCAUAAACAGCAAAAAAUGCAUACUUAGCAAUUUUCUCAUUGGGUUGGUGGUACAGAAAGCCUGUGAUUCGCCAGCGUUUUCUUUGCUGCUGGUAGUGGAGGGUAUGGCUAAUGUAAAGGCUGCAGAGGGCUUCUAGGCAGUGCAGGAGGCAAACAGAUUGCUUUCUGAAAGCUUGUGUCGUGCAGAUGCCGUGGGUUUCUAGUCUCGUAGGGCACAUGGCAUGGAGGCGGAGGAAAAUGAAUGCACAUUUAUUUAGUUCUUUCUUUCCCACAGUAAUUAGAGCUAUGUGGGUGCUGUAAAGUAUCAGGGUUCAUUGGUGUGGUUCCUGUAGCCUCUGUGAAGGAAGAUGUCUUUCUAUGCUCAUCUCUUGCAAAUAAGUAUUCAGUGGCAAAACAGCUAAAAAUGUUCAAUAUCCAGUUUUGCAUCCUUUCUGCUUAUCGAGUCUGUGUAAAGCUGGAUUUGAAAUCAUGUUACCUUGCCAAUGAUUUCAGUACUAGAAGAUACUUUUUUUUUUUUGCGUUUUUUUUUUCUCCUCAGCAGGAGGAGAAUAAUGUAUGCAGAGAUAUUGUUCAGCUUCUGGAAUGUCUUGCUCUACAUGCACUUACAUGUCCACGCAGUAUGCUUGCCUCCCUUUCUAGUCAAAGGCAAGCACGAUGUCUUUACCAAGGAUGCAACCUCAGACUUGCUCCUUUCUGAGUGGUGUUCAGUAUCCUGGUCAGCUCUGCUACUGGAAGGUGCCAUUUUUUUCCCAUUUUUUGAUUAAGACUUAGUUUAGCUACAUUGUAAACCCUUUUCUCCCUCCCUAAACCUCAAGGCUGUUUGAAAAUUGGAUUCUUGAACUGUGAGCCUAAUUGGCUGCUCUCUAAUCAUCUUUCUUCUGGCUGCUUCACUAUAACUGACAAAGAAUGCAAAGACUAGAGUGAAAUUCCAGUCUCAAACAACAGCACUAUUGCUGCUGUCAUCAACUGAGCAGGGAUUUAGCAUAGCUUUCAGUACACUUCCCGUCUGCAGCCCAGCUCCAAAGAAGUUGCAUAUCAAUUACUGUUGGGUCCUUGCAAACAGCUUCUCUUCUCCUUUCAAAGACUGAGAUGCUCCACAUAACUGUGUUUGGUAAACUUUUCAAGUUAAGGUGUUUUUUUAAUUAAUGUGAAUUGCUUUUUUAUAGACUAUGUGUUAGUAAUAUUUACAUAAAUUCCAAUGAGGUUUUUUUAUUUGCUGUGCAUAAGGUAAUGAACUGUAGUCACCAGUCACUAUUGUAACUAUAUAAAUGGAAUUUAUUCAUUUGAAAAUGUCUACUGGCCUCUUGAUAUGGAGUAUAAUGUCAUAGCAUUUCUCUGAUGUGUCCCAUUAGGGCACUGAACGGGCCAUUAACAUGCACUUACAUAGUGUUUGAUUACAGGUGGGCUUUUCUUUCACCCUUUAUUUACUUGGGAUUUAUAAGAAUUCCAGUAAUCCUUAUGAUUCGCUUAUACAAUAAACAGUGGGGUCACGACCAGUAACCAAAUCAUUGAGUAAGAAACACCCAGAUUAACUCACGGCACUGCGCUAGGAUUCUGAUAGGCAUCUGUAUGGAAAAAAUGGAACCAGCCUCUUGCAGAUAUCUAAUAUUAAUAUUAGAGAUUUUCCCUUCAAGUUGUAAAGUUUUAAGAACUUACAGAAUGCUAUGAAAUAGUGCAGACUGUGUGGCUGUAUCCUUACAUCAGAGACAAGUAAUAGCGUAGGUGAAGAAAGAAAUCCAGCUGCGUGGUGAAUUUUUCCUACUGAUGGUAAUUCUAGCAGAGAGACAGAUUUUGUGAAAGUCAGGCACAAGUCAGAUAAGUCAUUCACUAUGGGAAAAAUAAAACUAUCAGGUAUAAAUUCUCAUGUUCAGCUCGGCAGGUGGUGGUUAUGCACUCAAAUAUUUUGUUAAAUGUCAAUGUAAACUUUUUCCUGUAAUGACUUGAGUAAAAAUAAGCACUCGCCCUAGGUUAAGCCUUGCGUUUCAGCCUUGAGCUCAGCCACCAUGCCGCUGAAAUGAAGGAGCUAGCUAUAAAAGAAAAACACUGAAUACUGCGGAGCAGUUCAUCUGUUGGGAAGUUAGUGCGUUUAGAAGUGACAUUGUUCACUGAUGACUGUUAAGUGGUGGUGACAAGGAGCGUAAAUUUAGAGCUGCAGGUCAUUUUAGUGGUGGGGCUGUUCUGGGAAACUGUGUGGUUAAACGUGAAUGUGUAAUGGAGGAGUGUAACCACUGCCCUGCGCCGCUGGGAAAUGCACGUAGUGAGGACAUCAAGUGAAAAGGAGAGAUGUUUCACUUCGGCCUUUCCAAAGAAAACAAAAAUUAAAUGAGCAUUCACGAGGCUCAAGAUGUUUUUAUAAAACCCGUGUUUAAAGCAAGGAAAAAGGUUCCUAAAUGAAGGCAUUAGAACACUGAGUUUUCUGUCUGUAUUUAUUUUAGCUUGGAACAUAACUGAUUACUCAUUUUGUGGGUGAGUAGUCAUCUGUUGCUUGAUUUCACCUUUGGGUCCUCCUGUGCUGAAGGCGAGUGCUACGUAUACCACUGGGCUUUAAAUGCAAACAAAAUCAGCAUUACUUGUUAAAGUCUGAGGGGAUGGAGAAGAGGGAAUUAAACUCGUGUGUGACUUGACGUCAUCCAGACAGGUUUUAGAAAGCAAGCUGCAGCUACGAGAAACACUAGUACUGUGAUCUCCACAAGUGAUAUGGUGCAGCAUUUCUUACUGCAUGUUCUCAUAUUGAAUAGUCACAUGCCACUGAAUGAUACAGAACUGCGUUAGACACUCAUUAAUUAGCACCACCUUUUUCCAUUGAAAUGAAAAAAGUUCUGGGGUGACUCUCGGAACCAUUGACUCCUGGCUUUGAAAUAAUAGCUUGAUCCCUGUAAGCACUUAAUUGUCCUGAAUGGGCUGACUGGUCUGAAAUGAAGAUGCUACAGCUUGCUUGUUGGAGGCCUUUUACUGUAGUGUAUUGGUCUUUCCUGUAAGCCUUACGGAAAUCUUUCAGGAUACUGUGCUUAUAAAACAGAACGUGUCCUCUACUGUAGGAAUAUAAAGUAGUUGAGGGCUGGUUUUUGGAAAAUUUUCUUAAAACUCAGUUCUCUGUUGUAUACUGUGACAUAGCUUCACUUCUGAAGUCACAGGAGCACUUAGGGUGUGAUCCUGAGAACACAGAGACUGUGGGAAAGCGUGAGGCAAUCUUUACGAUUCUUAAAUCAUAGUUACACUGAUUGGAGUAUAGCGGUUCUCUGUGGCAAAACUGAUUUAUGCUUUGCUUCUGUCUCACAGGGUGGAAAACUUUUUGUGAGGUGCCUUGUAGCUUUACUAUUAUUAUUAUUAUUAAUUUUAUUUUUUUGCAUUCCAUAGGCAAAUGUACUCUGUGACUUUCUUUCAUUGAUUAAGCCCAGCCAGAGUUUUAAGGUAUAGGUGUCUUUGUCCAUUUGUUACACAAACUCUUAGGUUCCUUCCUGGCUGAGCAGUGCUAGAGUGGAACAGCAAUAAUAUUUAUAAGGUUUGCCAAAAUGUGAUAGCUACAGCUUUUCCGGAGAGGUGGUGGGCCUCUUCCUAGCACCUUGUCAGACUGCCUCCAGCAGACUCACCAGACUCUGGAUAUGGCUGAGAGGUGGCCACCCUUCACCCUUUUCUAAUUUUAUCUCAUAACUGGGACAGUUGAAGAUUGAAUUAUUUUUUUAUCAAGUUGGGCAGCACCUCUGGCUCCAGGUUAGAAGAAGGAAAUGGCUCCCUCAAUCCACUGUGAGCUGGAUCAGGUUGUGUUGGGGCCCUGCGUAUUUUAGUACUGCUGAGAAAGCUGUUGCUUCUUGUGGUCCGUGGAUGCUAGUGAGGCUGUGAGUGGGAAGCACAUCCCAAGGCUUAAUCAGGAAUUAGAAAGACUAAGACUGGGAUGUUCCUGACUUCAACAAUUGCAGCUAUUCAGGAAACUUUCAGGUAGAAAGAAGGAAGACACCUUCAGGUAAGAACAAAUGUUGGCCACUUUGGUGUAGUAUUCCUUUUGUAUUCAGAUACCUGCUGUACCUAACUAUUGCCUUUAGUUUCUUCUUCUAAUUCUCAUUUAGCUUUUUUUUUUCCACAAAAAUCUUUCCUGUCUGUAACUGGGAGAAUAAAUGUCUUCCUGUCUUCUUGCCUGCUGCAAGACUUGGUUAA